GCUGCUUAUCUAGCUCCUUUGUGGCCUCCGUUGCCCCGGGAAACGGUCGGGUCGUUUUGUCGAAGCGCCUCCUGUCAGGCGGGGCUCUAUUAAUAGCCAGAUUCAGUUUCUAUUUACCCAGUUAAGCAGCAACACUCGAAGCAGAGAAUUAUAAAAAACACCCAUCAUCAUGUCCUACUCCAGCCGAUUCGGUUUCGACUUCCAUCUGCCGGAUGAGGGCUGGUGCUAUCCCAGGAACGAUAUGCACUUCAUCCGCAGCGCCGAGUGGGUGCCCGUGGAGAAGGCUGGCGUCGGUCGCUCCUUUGCCAAUCCCAAUGGCGUGAUCUAUCCAAGGGUCGUGGGCAUGAUUCCGCGCUAUGGUGGCCAUGUUCCUGGCAAUAAGUUCCGCGUGGGCAACACCUGGGGCCGCUCCACCAUAGACGCCAAGCGUCAUCUGGCCCUCAAUCACGAUUGAUUUGCCUCGGAAUUCUUAGAUGCCUCCCUCGGUCACUUAUAUAGCCAAUCAAAAUUGCUGUGUUACGCUUAGAGAAGCACCCAGAAUAAAAAGUAUAAAAUGUGUUAUGAAA